AUGAUGCAAGAGGCUCACUAUCAUUUACAUACCUUGUCAACUUUCAAUAUAGAUUUUUCAAGUUAUCUUUCCUCUCGUUUCAUCAAUAGAUAUUCAAUUCGUGGCCAGCAAAAGGGCCAAGUUCGUCAUCCAAGCAAAAAUCCUGAUGAACUAGUGCGUGUCUUCUUUCCUCAUUCAAAAAUCAAUUUUUAUCAAACAUUGCAUAUUGGCAAAUUAAGAUUAUGCACACGAUCAUAUGCAACGAACAAGAUUGCCGACGAUUCAAACAUUAUUUUUCUUCUCGACGGUAUUGAAUAUCCCGGCAGAAUUCGAGCAAUUUUUACUUUAGAUAAUGAUGAACCUUAUCUGCUUGUUGCUUAUUUGCGAGAUCUUAAUCCACUCACUUGUGCAAUAAAUGCUAACGAAAACUUUGCCUAUCCUAAUAUACUUUAUACGUCAACAUCAAAAUGGAAUUUUACUCCUAUUGAAGUUAAAGAUUUUAUUGAAAAGAGUGCAUUUUUCCGAAGUACAGCCGGUAUAAGUUAUUUUCUUCGCUUUCCAACUCUUGAACAUUGUUCUUAA